AUGUCUCCAUCUCCCGAGAAGAACACGGUCCUCACCGACGACGAACGCUGGUGGGCGGACCACUACGAGUUCCUCGCGGACAACGGCUACACGCUGCGUCCCCGGUACGCACCAAAGUGGGUGCCCUCCUGGGAGGGCAGCACCACAGAGUGGUACAACGCCGAGGAUGGCCAGCCCGCUAUCGUACCCCACCGAACGAUGGACGCGACGAACCAGGACGGCAAGCCCGUCUGCCUCAAGCGCAUCAACAAGCGGCAGCACCCGAACGAGGAGUCCAUCGUCAACUUGUUCUCGUCCGGCGAGCGCGCGGCGAACCACAACAACCACUGCGUGCCCGUCUACGAGGUUUUGCCUGUUCUCAAUGAUGGGGACGAGGCCAUCCUGGUGAUGCCGCUCUUGCGCCGGUUCGCGGAUCCGGAGUUCGAUACUGUGGGCGAGGCCAUCGAUUUUUUGCAGCAGAUCUUUGAUGGUCUGGGCUUUAUGCACGAUAACGGCGUCGCCCAUUUCGACUGCACCUCCACGAACAUCAUGAUGGACGGCACCCCCAUGUACCCCGAGGGCUGGCACCCACAGCAGCCCGCGCUCAAGCCAAACUACACCCGGCGCGCCAAAUACUUCCGGCGCACGGAGCGCGCGCCGACGUACUACUGGGUCGACUUCGCGCACGCGCGCACCUUCAGCGACGCCGAGGCGCUCGCCAACGGGGAGGAGUGGGUGGACCCGGAUCUGGCGGAUCCGAAUAGGGAGGCGUACGGGGACAGGGAGCGGGGUCUCGUCGAUCCGUAUGCGGUGGACGUGUACUGUUUGGGGAUGUUCGUGCUGCGCACGUUUAUCGAGGUGCGUGCUUCCCCUCCUUUCUUACGUCUUGCCGCGAGCGCGGUGCUUACUGAUAUACACGAACAGCCCAACAAGAACCUCAACUUCCUCGUCUCCCUCGUCGACGACAUGGUCGCCGAUGACCCUGAGCUGCGGCCCAGGUCCGACGGCGCGGCGCGGCGCCUGAAUGCUAUCUGCAACGCGUCGCGCCAGUCUAGAAUGCGCGAGCCGCUUAUACCGCGCGACAAGGCAGCGCGCAAUGCGCCGAAGAAGAUCUGCGCGACCUUGGCGGACUGGGUGCGUUCUGUCAAGUACAUGUUGACGAGGGCGCCAGCUAUCCCGAGGAGGCCGAUCCGUGGCUGA